AUGGCAUUCACCGACCAAGAGCGUACCGUCAUGCUGGAGAGCUCGACAACCACCUCUCCUUCCGCUCCUAGCUUUUCGCACUGGUACAUCAUCACUGGUCCGUGCUCAAAAGCUACAGUGGACAAAAUCACGCUCGGUGCGCUGCAACGUUUAUGGCACCCCUCAUUUAAUAUGCUUCGUGACCCAGCCCAUCCUCCUCGAUAUCGCCCACCACAUCUCUUGCUUCCACCCCGCCUCUGGCGUGAUUUUUGGUCCCUCUGCCUUCCCGCCAAGGCUUUUACGCCAUGGUGGCGUCUGCUGCAUGGCCACCUCUCGGUUCAGGCUCGCCUGCACUCCAUCAACGUUGUGAAGUAUCCUUCCCCUCUUUGUAAGGUAUGCCAGGAGGCGCCUGAAGAUGAAUACCACAUGGUCAUCGGCUGCAGUAGUAAGUCCCUUUUCUGGUAUGAGGUAGCCUCCCAUCUCGGUCUUACUCCUAAGUUCCCUACUGACGCUGCCAUUUGGCUUGGGCUGACUACCCUUCAUGGCCAGGACAACCAUCCUCUAGACAUCUCCAUCUUGGAACUUCUUGGCGCUGCCUUCUCUUGCGUGUGGCAACAUCAUUGGGGCUGCACCCUUGAUGGUAAAUCAUGGCUUACUCGAGCAGUUUUCUCGUCUUUUCUUGCCGAUAACGCCAAGUUAAUUUCCUCUUUCGUAGACAUGUAA